AUGGUUGAAGCCGAAAUGGAAGUGUUCAUGGAUGAUUUCUCGGUUGGGGGCCUUUCAUUUGAAGAUUGUUUGUCCAAUUUGGGCAAAUGCUUAGCAAGAUGUGAGAAGGUCAACUUGGUCCUAAAUUGGGAAAAAUGUCACUUCAUGGUUGAAGAGGGAAUCAUCCUUGGUCACAAGAUAUCAAGCAAGGGGAUUGAGGUCGACAAGGCCAAAGUUGAAGUGAUUGAAAAAUUGCCACCUCCAAUUAAUGUGAGAGGAGUAAGAUCCUUUUUAGGGCAUGCCGGGUACCUUUUGGUAAAGAAAGAGUCCAAACCUCGUCUUCUUCGAUGGGUCUUGUCUCUCCAACAAUUUAAUGUUGAAAUCCGGGAUAAGAAAGGGGCCGAAAAUGUGGUUGCGGACCAUCUUUCCCGAUUAGAGAAUGUGAAAGCUAGUGAUGAUGAAAUUCCCAUUUGUGAUGAAUUGAGAGAUGAUGUGCUCUAUAUCUUGAAUGAGAAUGAGCUUUCAUGGUUCGCCGACUUGGUGAACUAUUUGGCUAGUGGAGAAUUCCCUCCCGAUUUCUCAAAAAAUCAAAGAAAGAAGCUAAAAAGGGAAGCAAUACACUAUGUGUGGGAUGACCCCAUUCUCUACAAGAGAGGAGUAGAUGGUUUGCUCCGUAGGUGUGUUCCGGAUGAAGAAGUGCAAAAUGUGCUCAAGAUGUGUCAUUUCGAUCCUUGUGGAGGGCAUAUGGGAGCAAACAAAACAGCAUUGAAGGUUUUGCAUAGCGGAUUGUGGUGGCCUCACAUCUUUAAGGAUGCUUGGGGGUUUGUGAAGACUUGUGACCGGUGUCAACGAACCGGCAAUAUAUCCAAGCAAAACGAGAUGCCUCAACAACCGAUUCUUGAGCUAGAGGUAUUUGAUGUGUGGGGUGUUGAUUUCAUGGGGCCAUUCCCUACUUCUUAUGGAAAUCAAUACAUCCUUGUGGCGGUCGAUUACGUAUCAAAAUGGGUUGAAGCCAUUGCCUCCCCAACUAAUGACUACAAGGUAGUCAUGAAGAUUUUCAAGAAAGUCAUAUUUCCAAGAUUCGGAAUUCCUAGAGCAGUGACGGUUGCAAGUAAUAGGAAGGAUUGGUCGGAAAAUCUUGAUGACGCUCUAUGGGCAUAUAGAACGGCAUACAAAACCCCAAUAGGCACAACUUCAUAUCGUCUUGUGUAUGGAAAAUCUUGUCAUCUACCGGUGGAGCUUGAACACCGAACUCAAUGGGCAAUCAAGAAGAUUAACUUCGACUUGGCUAGCGCGAGAGAGCAAAGAUGGCUUGAUUUGCAUGAGCUUGAAGAUCUAAGAUUGGAAGCCUAUGAGUGUGCUAGCAACUAUAAGAAUCGCACUAAGGAUUUCCACGACCGGAACAUUGAAAAUAAAUCAUUUCUAAAAGGCGAUAAGGUACUCCUCUACAACUCUAGGAUGAAAUUGUUUCCCGGGAAACUUUUAUCAAGGUGGAGUGGACCUUUUGUUGUUAAGGAAGUGUUUCCUCAUGGAGCCGUGGAAGUUUGGGAUAUGGACGGCAAGAGAUCUUUCAAGGUGAAUGGGCAUCGCCUCAAGCUUUACUACGAGGGUGCUCAUGUAGGUGUUUUAGAAUCAACUCAAUGUAAUCUUACCUCCUGA